AUGCCAGGUGUCGAAACGACUGGCCACCGAAAAUCAGAAGAAUCAGUUUGGGCACGCGAGUUUAAGGAGACCUACUUAAGUGCCCUAAGGGCAAAAGGAGGUGCGAUAAAAAACGCAGGUUAUCCUGCAAAUAAUUAUAAGUCUAGCCAACAGAAGAAUGAAAAAAUGAAGAACCCAAUCAGUGCGACAGAUGUUCAAGUGGGGGAAAACAACCCUCCAGAAGAAGACAAUCAAAAAAGUCUGCAUGAAAAAAAGAAAAUUUUUUUCGAAGUUUACAAAAAGUACUAUUUCAUCGAAAUGACGGAGUAUCACAAAAGCAGGGAAAACUGCACCAACAACUUUAUUAAUUUCCUCGAAAGGAUAAGUGAAAAAAUGGCGGAGGCACUAAAGCAUGGCUCCUACAAUAUUAACAACUUGAAUAGGUUCUUCAAAGAAUUCAUCAAAAAUGAUACGAGCUAUUAUAAUAGAAGUGUUUCUAUGGGGGAUAGCACUCGGGUGAAUAAUUUAAACCAAAGUUUUUUAAACAUUCAAAAUGAGGAAUUGGCAAACGGGGAGUCUGCAAAUAUUGUCCACGUGCAAGGGGAGAAUCCCCUGAACAGCCAAUCGAAUGGUUCUGUAGGUGAUUUGAAGAAGAAAAAGGAAAACGCAGCUUCGACAACUGUGAAUGAGGGGAAGACAAAGGGGAAGAAGAACAACAAAAUGGACUAUGCAGAGGAAAAGAAGAAGAAAGGGUCGAAGAGGGAAGAAGAAAUUGCAGGUAACGCCCAGGAAGAAAAUGCAGCAGAUACACCCUUCCUAACAAAAAACAACGGGAAGAAUGCCUCAAGCAAAAUAAACGAAAUUGCUGAUAAUGUCAUCGAUGUGAACGCAGACAUGUGCAACCUCAAUCAGAACAUUAUAGACGAUUGGGUGCAAUACGGAUUCAUGAAUUACAGAAAAAUUAUGAACAGCAUGAAAAUAAGUUGCGAUGUGAUAGACAGUAAAAUAAAUCAAAAAAUGUUAAACAUAUUAAAAGAUAGCUAUCUGAAAGAACAAGAAAAUUUAAUAGAUGCAAUGAAGAAAAAAAAGAAUGACUUUCUAAAACAAGUAGAGCUCUGUAAAAUUUAUUGGAAAUAUUUCGAAAAUAGUUAUUCAAAUUCCGAGAAAAUUAGAUCAGAUGGAAUUAAAGAUAGCAAGAAGAUAAAAUGCUCUUGGCUAUGUCAAAGGAAAUACAUAAAAAAUGUCAAGGAUUUACUAAAAAUACAAAAUGAAUACUUAGACAUUAUUAAUUCCAGUGUGAAAAUCUUCUUCCAGUUGAUCGAAUGGAAAAAAAACUCAAUUAGGGAUAUCCUCUGUUCAUAUAUUCUCCUAUAUAAAAGCUUUUUAAAUUUUUAUUUAAACAAUAUGAAUAUAUUAUAUGAUUCCAUUUUACUUGAAAAGAACAUAGAUGCAGUUCAGUUCCAGAAUCUAUCAUCCGUAAGCAUGAUUGAUGAUCAGGAUUUAAUAAAACAGGUUACUCCCUUUCAUCUUAUCGACAAUUGCGAUGGCAUUCCUCAGUUAAACAAGGCACUAAGCUUAAUAAAAUCUUCUAUAAUUUUUUAUAAUCAAGAAAUUAAUGUCAAAUCGAUACUUUGUAUUUUCAGUUCUAGGAUCAAGGGAUACCUUACCAGUGUGGGUUUCUUUAACAAGUGCGUAGAAGGUAUAAUUGUUAUCACAUGGGACAAGUUUAUUCACUUUUUUGCCGAUGUGGAGGAUGCUACUCCGCAAUGGUCCUACUAUAUGGAAGACAUUGAGUUUAAGCUAGUCAAAUGUAAAACGGAUACUAAAGGUAGCACACUAGAUACGGAUAAGAGGGAAUCUGACGGGGUUACUGAUUCGCCGGAGGGGGAAGUCGAGCAGAGCGCUACAGCUAAUGUGACGGUCACCACUCAGAGUAAUCAACAACAAAGUAACAAUUCGAAAGAAACAAAAGGUAAGAAAGGAAAAGAAAAAUCCAGCGGGAAAGACACAUCGUCUGCGCUCUCAGGAAAAGAUGCACCAGGAGCAGCUUUCCCAAAUACUGUCUCCUCCACCAAAAAUGAAAAUCCUGACAUAGAUGUAAACACCUCGAGGAGAGAAUUUCUGGAGAACUCUUCCACUACCCAAUCUAGCAUUAAUGAAGAAAAUGAUGUAGAAAUUCAAAUGAGAGAUAAAAAAAAAACGCUACUCAUCAGUGGAUGGUCCUUCACCUUCAAAUGCUCAACCAUAUAUCUAACAAAUGUCUGCUACGAAUUGUUAAGUAAUCAUCUGUGCUCCGAAUAUUUUGAGGACGAAAAUUCCUUUGCAAAUUUCUCCAACAUUAUUGCCAAUGGAGAGGUAAAAAAUGAUCUCCAGUUUAUCGAUCAAAUGGCUUCCUUUUACAAUACCUACAUGGAAGGAAUGUCUGAUGAUACAAAGGAUAAGGUCAUCCUUAAAAACAAACCUGUCAAAACGAAGAAUGAAAAUUUCGCCAGGGAGCGUAUGUCGGUGUCGGAUCGGGAUGACCUGGUUGAUUCCCCCGAAGGGAGGUCACCGAGCAAGGCCAACAACAUGGACGAUCAAAAAAAAAAAAAAAAAAAUUCUCAUCCGGAAAAUCUGCUUUACGCAUUUAACAAGAAGAAAAAUGAACUAUUGAAAAAUGUUAAAAUAGGUGAUCAAGAAAAUGGAACUACAGGACAGCGGCACGCAGAGGACGUGGACGACCAAACCGACGCAGAAGCGAAAAAUAAGGACAAAAUUUUGGACAGCAAAAAAAAAAAGUCACAGAAGGUCAACAAGCUCAGGGAAGGAGAAGGAACAAAAUAA